AUGGCCGACGACGGACCUCCUCUCCUUAGACCCAUCCCCCGAAGACCCUUCGACCUCAGCCUGACGAGCCCAACACCUCCCGAUGAGAACUCCUCGCCCGCGACGCCAGCCCCGGCGCAGUCUGUGGACCUGAACAACCCGCGAUUCCUGCAGCCGACCCCCGAGCCCGUGAGCCUGAGCCGGCCGCAGUCGUUCCUUAACUUGACGUCGUCGACACUGUUUGGCAUCUACUCGCCCACCGCGUCCAACUCCCGCGACCGCAUCUUUGCUGAUAGAGACGAGCUGGACACGCCUUGGGGUACUGGUGCCCAGACACCCAUUAAGAGGCCUAGCAUUGAUGAGGCGACCUAUGAGCUGCUGCGCGACCGAUCCCACCCUGUGCGUCGCCGAUCAUCAUUCCGCCCUGUCGAAGCACCGGGUCCUCUUGUCCCAGCACCAUCGCCUGCGUCUUUAGCCCUACGAGGCCUCGUUCUUUUUGUGCUAGGCGUUGGCUAUGGUGUGCUUGUCACCACGCGCCCGGAUAGCUUGAAAUCCCUGAGGGGGAACAUGAUCCGUCCUGCAUACAAUUGGGCGCAUCUGGCUUUCUGGGGCUUUGCUGGUGUAGCUCUGGGCGCGCUGCUGCCCUGGCUUGACCGUGUAUGGGAAGAAUCGUUUGGGGACGACGGUGAGGAAGCCGUGGCUGAGAAUGACGGCGCUUCGACCAAGGAUGAUGGCCCCAGCACUGACUGGGCGCUCGUUGUCCGAGCCAUUGGCGCCUUUGUCGGCAUUGUAUUUGCUAUUCGUAAGGUGGCCUGGGCGUCGACCCUCCAGGUAUCACUGACACUGGCCCUCGUGAACCCUCUCCUAUGGUGGCUCAUCGACCGAUCCAAGCCGGGUCUGUUCCUCUCUGCGGUUGUCGGCCUCACGGGCUCGGUGCUGCUUCUAGGUGUCGACCCAGACAUUAUGCCGGCGCCCGCUCAUGCCGCUCUUGGCAACUUCUCGCUGGGUCGGGAUGGAGACCAUGAUCUGCCGGUUCUAGGAGGCCUGGCCCGCCAAGAAACGCUCGAGACGGGGGUGUGGAUGCUCAGCGUACUGUUCUGCAGCUGCGUAUGCUUCGGCAACAUUGGUCGACGGCUUGCGGUUGGGCCUUCAGCGACUGCAAAGGGUCGCUGGGCUGGUGUACGAUAA